GGUUGGGCGUCUCGAAGUUGGGUGACCUACUCACCUCUGCGCAUCUACCUAAAAUAAAAAAAAGUAGCAAAAAACUUGUAGAAAAACAAGCUGCAGAAAAACAAGUAAUUUCAAAACGGGUGAAUGCAAAUGGUAGCGAGUACCUUACUUUAUUUUUAUUUACUAUACUAAUUAAUAAUAAUACGCUGUUGGAUUCGUUUUGAUGAUGGCGUGGGACCAAGAUGUAGCGUCAGUUCCAUUUUUCAGUAAUUUAAUACAUACUGCCAUUAUUUAAGAAUGAGACUAAUAAUCAAGGAUAAACACGACUAGACAAUAAUACAGCCAACUAUAUAUGUUUACAAGAUGACAUUGAUGCAUUUAAAAUAGUCAUUUUUUUCACCUCUCGCUUUCUUUGGGGUUCAAUGGAUCUUAAAAUUUGCUAAGAUGGAUGCAUAGGGCGUUGCGACCUGAGAGGGGGACAUGGAGCGAGUGACCUUAAAAUUAGAUAGAUAGAUCUGCAGUGUGGUUGGGGUGAAAAUAUCGAGAAAAUUUUUUUGGGGAUAUAAUUUCAAACAUUUAUAAAUCGAGAUUAUUUCCACGUUUGCCGCAUAUCUUGUCACACUUAUCAGUCAGAAAAAAUUGCAAAAUUUAGGGGGCCCUGAGUGGAGCGUCGCGAACAUUAAAAUCCAACAUUGCUUCCCCCGAUAAGAUGAACGUGGUCAUUACAAUCUCCACCAGAAUAUGACGAUGCCAGGAAAUCAGCAACAAAUGUCUCGAUUUGGUGCCAUACUUCCCGUCGGGGGAGCAUUUUACGGCACCACCUCACCCAGAACAUCCCUAACAUCAAACGAGUCACAACUCGUAACCUAUCCGUCCCCACAACAAAAGGGAGGAAGUGCGUCGUUCAACCCCUUCUACAUAAUUCCGUUGGGGGGAGGAGAACUUUCCAGUGGAAAUCCCCCACCUCUUCCCAGCACCACUACCGAGCAACCAAUAACGACUACGACACUUGAACCGCUCCAACAACUCAUAGGCUUCCUUUAUUCUGUUGGUUAUGCAAAUGAAUCCACACCACCACCCGAACAUAAUCUGGACCGACCUUUGACCCUGUUCGAUCUCGCCAUGCUGACCAAAACAAGUAACAUACCGACAAAAAAUUACGAGCAGGAUGACCAGGAAGACGAUGAAGCUGGAGAAUCAGAAGAAGAACAGCUUGGUGUCGGGACGAAGUCCAAAGUGGAAAUAAAUCGAUCUACGCCGAUAAAGAUGGUAUCGUCCGAAUUAAGUUUUCUCGUAGGUCCGGCAGGUUUCAGAGAGAUGACGAAGUGGAGGGUGAGGGCGAUACGAAUAAUUAUUUAGUGUCAAACCCCCAGUCACGACGAGACAUUCCUCAAUAUCGUGGAGAACUGCAGG